CCUUUGGUCACAAAGAAGAAAUUAAACCUCAUAUACGCGUUCUUACCUUCCUGUUGAGCAUCUAUACGCAUCUCGCGUUUCUUAUCUCUGCCCCAGCUCUGCUUAUCUCUACUCUACGCGGAAUCCACCGACGAUAUCCGCAUCUCAAAUACCCACAGCACUUCCACCUACACGCAAAAGCACUUCUGCACCUCCUCUUCUUGUACAAUUUCUCGUUAAAUCCACACGUACUCGAUCCCAUUACCACCAUACCACCGUCCUUAUGGCUCCACACGCAACAACACCCCCUCCCACCGCCCACACGCAGCCUCAUUCUCACCAUUCUCCAUCCAUCACCGUUCUCGCUUCUUCGAGAGCUGUGGUAUCAGGCCGUUUGACCGAAGCUACCAUUAUCAUCUCGACUACAACUGGAAAAAUCACCGCUAUCUUCCACUCCGUCCUCCCCGCGUCCGACUUCCCCGAAGGCACCCCAUACACAGACUACUCGCCCUGCAUUUUACUGCCGGGCCUUGUCGAUGCUCACGUGCAUCUCAACGAGCCUGGGCGUACUGAAUGGGAGGGGUUCUGGACGGGUACGCGGGCUGCGGCGUUUGGAGGUGUGACGACGGUGGUCGAUAUGCCGCUAAAUGCUAUCCCGCCGACGACAACAGUGCAGGGGCUAAAAGAGAAGAUUGAAGCAGCAAAGGGCAAGUGCUGGGUGGACGUUGGAUUCUAUGGCGGUGUUGUACCGGGUAAUAGUGGGGAGCUGAAGGCAUUGGUCAAGGAGGGCGUUAGGGGCUUCAAGGGGUUCCUGAUCGAUAGUGGGGUCGAAGAAUUCCCGGCCGUCUCCACCAUAGAUAUCGCUCUUGCUAUGAAGGAGCUAAAAGACGCCCCAACAACCCUCAUGUUCCACGCCGAAAUGAUCCCACCAAUCACCGCCUCCAUCGGCGACGAUGUUCAGCACUCCCACCCACCUCUCGCGCCCUCAGGUCCCCUAGACCACUACUCCACCUUCCUUGACUCACGCCCGCCAUCAUUUGAGACAUACGCCAUCGCCGAAAUCCUGACCCUUGCACAUUUGGCCCCCAAGCUCCCGCUACACAUCGUCCACCUCUCCGCCAUCGAAGCCAUUCCACUCCUUCGUGAAGCCCGCAAGAACGGCAUCAACGUGACCGCAGAAACAUGCUUCCACUACCUCUCCCUCGCUGCCGAAGCGGUCCGCACCGGUGACACGCGUCAUAAGUGCUGCCCACCCAUUCGCAGUCAAUCUAACCAGGACGGUCUAUGGGCCGAGCUGAUGGAUGAAGAGAGCGGCGAGGGUGUCAUCAAAACGGUUGUGAGCGACCACUCGCCGUGCACGCCGAACCUAAAGCUCCUACCCGAGGAGUUCGCGAGCAGGAAAACUGGCUGUGGUGCGGGCGCGACAGUGGUGCAAGAGGGUGAUGAUGGUGACUUUUUCGCUGCAUGGGGUGGGAUCAGCUCCGUGGGACUUGGUCUGCCGAUUCUCUGGACCGAAGGCUCUAAGCGCGGCGGCAAGUUCGGGGUGGAGGAGGUUGUGAGGUGGUGCUGCCGCAAUACCGCGAAGCAAGUGGGACUAGAACGCACAAAGGGUGAUCUGGGGGUUGGAUUUGAUGGCGAUAUCGUUGUUUUCGAUGACGAAGCGAGCUUUGUGGUUGAACCAAGCACGAUGCUUUUCCGUAAUAAGUGCUCGCCGUAUGAGAACAAGACGCUCAAGGGUGUUGUCAAGGAGACUUGGCUCCGGGGUCAGAAGAUCUUCUCAAGAGAGGAGGGCUUCUCGGAAAAGAGUGGACCGGCUGGCAAAUUAUUGCUCGAGCCAAGGAAAAGCAAGGCGUAAAUCCUGAACCGACUCCCGUUCGAGGAAGCGCUUUAGCCGCCAUCCUAUCUGAGCGUGACAAGAGCAUGGUGGGUGUGAUUAGCAUUUUGAUUGGCAAUGGAGCAUGAGAUACGAUGAACGACCGGUAUGAGGAACGGACCUUAUUGUUUUGUUUGGCAUUGGCAUAGGCGGCAGCGCUAUUUUGAUGGGGCAUAGAGAGAGCGUGGAAGGAUUAAGAUGGUAGAGGAGCUGAGAAGAAAAGUAGAGAUGGAUUAAGAUUAGGAUAUGAAGAGAUUGGGACCUAUGUCGAGCAUCU